AUGACCAUGAAACCGGCCAAGUUGGUGCUGCAGGACGGCACCUCCUUCGAUGGCUUCGCUUUUGGAGCAGACGUGUCCAUGGCUGGCGAGGUCGUCUUCCAAACGGGCAUGGUCGGCUACCCGGAAUCCCUCACCGAUCCCUCGUACGAACGCCAGCUGCUUUGUUUGACCUACCCCAUGAUUGGCAACUAUGGCGUGCCUCCCAGCGACACCACGGACACCUUUGGCUUGCCCGCGUUUAUGGAGUCGAACAAGGUGCAUGUUGCAGGCCUGAUCGUCGCAAACCUCUCCGAGAACCACAGCCACUGGCAGGCUGCGCAGUCGCUGUCAGACUGGUUGGCAUCGCAGGGUGUCCCCGGCAUCACUGGCAUUGACACGCGCGCGCUCACCAAGAAACUUCGCUCCGCUGGCAGCAUGCUUGGCAAGAUUGUUGCUGGCGACACUGAUCCCGACUCCCUGGCCUUUGUCGACCCCAACAAGGACAACCUCGUCGCCGCUGUCUCGAUCAAGGAGCCGCGCGUGUUCAACCCGGAUGGCGACGUGACGGUUGUCGCUGUUGACGUCGGCCUCAAGAACAACCAGAUCCGCUGCCUUGCAUCCCGUGGUGCCCGCGUCAAGCUGGUGCCGUACGAUUAUGACUUCAGCCAAGAUGACGAUUGCGACGGCGUCUUCCUCAGCAACGGCCCGGGCGACCCGCAGAUGUGCACGCCUGCGAUUGAAUCGCUCAAGAAGCUGAUCACUCGUCCCAAUAACGUCAAGCCUGUCUUUGGCAUCUGCCUCGGUCACCAACUCCUCUCCAUUGCUGCCGGGCUCAAGACCUACAAGAUGACCUUUGGCAACCGCGGCCACAACCAGCCCUGCACGCACAAGCACACCGGCAUGUGCUUCAUCACCAGCCAGAACCACGGUUUCGCUGUCGACGACUCGGAUCUGCCUGAGGACUGGGAUGUGCUAUUCACCAACGAGAACGACAAGACGAACGAAGGUGUUGUGCACACUUCCAAGCCGUUCUUCUCCGUGCAGUUCCACCCAGAGGCCUGUGCUGGUCCGCAGGACUUGGAGGUGCUGUUUGACGUGUUUGUCAAGGCGUGCCGCGACAAGAAGACAACAACGCUCCUGCCAGACAUUUCGUCCACCCUCCGUCAGCGCGUGUCUGCGCCAUAUGACGCAAGCGCGUUUGUGCGCCCGACGAAAGUGCUUGUCCUCGGCUCCGGUGGUCUCUCCAUUGGCCAGGCCGGCGAAUUCGACUAUUCAGGGUCCCAGGCAAUCAAAGCCCUCAAGGAAGAGAACAUCCAGACUGUUCUCAUCAAUGCCAACAUCGCCACUGUGCAGACCAUGAAGGGGCUGGCGGACAAGGUGUACUUCCUGCCGGUUACGCCCGAGUACGUCGAGAAGGUUCUUGAGUAUGAGCGCCCCGAUGGUGUGCUGCUUGCCUUUGGCGGACAGACGGCCCUCAACUGCGGGGUCAAGCUCUGGGAAGCCGGCAUCUUCGACAAGUACAACGUCAAGGUGUACGGCACGCCCGUGCAAGCGAUUGUGGACACUGAGGACCGGGAGAUCUUCUCGCGCAAGUUGGCUGAGAUCAGCGAGAUGUGCUGCCCAAACAUCGCCUGCACCACUGUGGAGCAGGUUCUUCAGGCUGCGGAGAAGAUUGGCUUCCCCGUGAUGAUGCGGUCGUCGUUUGCGCUUGGCGGGCUCGGCUCUGGUGUCAUCUACGCCAUGGACGAGCUGAAGGAGAAGGCCCGGGUCGCCCUCGCCAACUCAACGCAGGUGAUGCUUGAGCGGUCGCUUGAAGGAUGGAAGGAGAUUGAGUACGAGGUCGUGCGCGAUUGCGAGGACAACACCAUCACCGUCUGCAACAUGGAGAACUUCGACCCUCUCGGGAUCCACACGGGCGAGUCCAUCGUCAUUGCACCGUCGCAGACGCUCAACAACGACGAGUACAACAUGCUCCGCUCAGUUGCGUGCAAGGUGGUGCGACACAUUGGCAUUGUUGGCGAAUGCAACAUCCAAUAUGCGCUCAACCCACACUCGCGCGAGUACUACAUUGUUGAGGUGAACGCACGCCUGUCACGCUCGUCGGCGCUUGCCAGCAAGGCAACAGGAUACCCACUCGCAUAUGUCGCCGCAAAGCUUGCCCUUGGCCACACGCUGCCCGAGCUGCGCAACUCUGUGACGCGCGAGACCACGGCCUGCUUCGAACCGUCGCUCGACUACUGCGUUGUCAAGGUUCCGCGGUGGGAUCUGGGCAAAUUCCCAACUGUCGACAAGCGGCUUGGCACAAGCAUGAAGUCUGUUGGUGAAGUCAUGGCAAUUGGCCGCACAUUUGAGGAGGCGUUCCAGAAAGCCCUCCGCAUGGUGGACAUGGGCCACGUUGGCUUUGAUCACACCGUCCACACCGAGGUGGCUGAGAAGCAGCUUCGCUUCGCCUCUGAGGAGCGCCCGCUCGUCAUUGCCGCCGCACUCGCUGCCGGAUACACCGUCGACAAGCUGUAUGAGCUGACGAACAUUGACCGGUGGUUCCUGCACCGCUUGAACAACAUCGUGCAGCACGCGCUCACCGUCCAGCAGCACGACAUGGCCUCGCUCCCCGUCACCGCUCUGCGCCGCGCAAAGGAGCUUGGCUUCUCGGAUAAGCACAUUGCCAAGCUGGUGAACGGCAAUGAAGUUGGUGUGCGCCAGAUCCGAAAGACGCACGGCGUUCUUCCGUGGGUGAAGCAGAUUGACACCGUGGCUGCCGAGUAUCCAGCAUUCACCAACUACCUCUACCACACGUACAACGGCUCCAGCCACGACGUUGAGUUUGAGGGCGACUUCACCAUGGUCCUCGGCUCUGGUGUCUACCGCAUUGGCAGCAGCGUGGAGUUUGACUACUGUGCUGUCGGGUGUGUGCGGGAGCUGCGCCGGCUUGGACGCAAGACAAUUAUGGUCAACUACAACCCAGAGACCGUCUCCACAGACUACGACGAGUGCGACCGCCUGUACUUUGAGGAGCUCACGUUCGAGACGGUGAUGGACAUUUAUGACCAGGAGGAUGCGCGCGGUAUUGUGCUUGCGAUGGGUGGGCAGAUUCCAAACAACAUUGCCGACGCCCUGCACCGCGCACAGGCUCGCAUUUUCGGCACCUCCCCCGAGAUGAUUGACAACGCGGAGAACAGGUACAAGUUCUCCCGCAUGUGCGACACGAUUGGCGUUGACCAGCCCCGCUGGAAGGAGCUCUCAAGCAUUGAGUCUGCAAAGCAGUUCGCACAAGAGGUUGGCUACCCGUGCCUGAUGCGCCCGUCCUACAUUCUCAGCGGCACGGCCAUGCGUGUUGCGCACAGCCCGGCCGAUCUCGAGCAGGACUUCAAGAACGCCGUCGUCGUCUCCCGCGACUACCCUGUCGUGCUCACAAAGUUCAUUCUCGAUGCAAAGGAGAUUGAGAUCGACGCCAUUGCUGACCGCGGCAAGGUUCUGAUUGCGCUGCUCUCUGAGCACGUGGAGAACGCAGGCGUGCACUCUGGCGAUGCGACCAUCGUCCACCCGCCACAGGACCUCACAGAGAAGACCAUGAACGGCUGCCGCGAGAUUGCUGCCAAGAUUGCUGCUGCCCUCCACAUCACUGGGCCCUUCAACAUCCAAUUCAUCGCAAAGGAUGACCGCCUGAAAGUGAUUGAGACGAACGUGCGCGCAUCGCGUUCCCUUCCCUUUGUCUCCAAGACAGCAGGCAUCGAUCUCAUCUCCCUCGCUACCAAGGUGAUGGUUGGUGAGCGCGUGUAUGUCCCCGAAAUUCCUGAGAUUGGUCACGUUGGCGUGAAGGUGCCCCAGUUCUCCUUCAACCGUUUGCCAAGCGCCGAUCCCACGCUCGGUGUCGACAUGAUCUCGACUGGGGAGGUUGCAUGCUUUGGCGCCACGCGGGAGGAAGCGUACGUGAAGGCCAUGGUAGCCACCAGCUUCAUGAUCCCAAAGCCAAACGGCAACGUGCUGCUGAGCAUUGGCGGUUAUGACGGCAAGAAAGAGUUUCUUCCCUCCGCCAAAGCCCUGCUGGAUCUCGGCUUCAAGCUCUUUGGCAGCAUGGGCACCGCUGACUACUACCUGACGUUUGGGGUCGACAUCACGCCCGUGAACUGGCUGGCGGACAGCGAGGAUGUUGACAGCAUCAAGGACGACCUGAUUGCCGGCAAAUACGACCUCAUCAUCAACCUCCCCAUGCGCAACAAAUACAGGCGCCCUGCCUCCUUUACCACCGCCGGCUACGAAGCACGACGCAUGGCCGUUGAGCAGAAGGUGCCGCUCAUCACGAACAUCAAGUGCGCCAAGCUGUUUGUGGAGGCACUGCGCACGUGCGAUGUGUCUCCACACGCGGCACGUGUUGACUGCCAGGCGUCCCAUCCCACCCUGUGUCUGCCGGCGCCCAUCGACUGCAGCAUCGACCUGGACGAAAUCACGCCAGAGGGUCAGUCAGCAUCGCAUGCAGCGCUCGCAGGCGGCGCACCAACGGUCCUCAUCGCAUGCGAGGCAACAGCAGUCUUCAAGACACGCGCAGAUAUUGCCCGUGCCAAGGCUGUCCUUGAAGAGCACCUGGCGUGCGACUUUGGCCUGCUGCUGCACGCCCCACCGCCCGGGGCCGACCUCGCUUUGCUUGAGCGCGCACAUGGCGCCGCGGGCCUCAUCAUCGACUUUGCAACAGUGCACAAGGACCUGCCUGUGUCACACCUCCACGCUGUGAUGGACGCCUUCCCUGCCGACCGCCCCAUUGUCGUGCGGGCAACAGGACACGAGCUUGCCUCCGCGCUGCUGUUUGCGACGAUGCUUGGCCGCCGCGUCCACUUUGACCGCGUGCAGACGCCUGCGGAUGUUGCUGCUGUGGCGCUCGCCCGUGACCAGGGGUACCCCGUGUCGUGCGGGGCUGCGCUGCUUGACCUCUUCCCGCCCGCGCCGAAGCAGGACACCAGCGAUCUGCCACCGCUCUGGGAUGAGAUUGACGCAAUCGAUGUUAUCUCCUCUGGCCACGGAGCGGUGCUCAGCAGUGGGCGCGUGUCGUGCGCGUCGGCGCUGCUCCCGCUUGUGCUGACGGCACUCAGCAACGGCCAGCUCAGCGAGGAAGAUGUUCGCGCGAAACUGCACACCAACCCCACACGCAUCUUUGCCAUCGACGUCAACGAAGACACCAUUGUUGAGGCUGUUGCAAAGGAGGGCUGCAUGUUGCCAAAGGAGGCGGCAGGCGAAUACGCGCCAUUCCACCAGGCCGAAGUUUCGGGCUGCGUGUCGCGCGUGAUGCUGCACGGAUGCGUCGCUUACAUUGACGGCAAAUUCGCCGACAACCUCGCCACCGUCGCGGGUCCAAUCGAGGUGCAUGACGUCCCUGCGACGCGUCCCGAGCCACCCGUCACCGCUGCCGCUACUGUUGUGCGGGCAUCAGAUGUGCGGGCGCCGUCACGCGAGCGAGAGCGGAUUGGUCGCAAGCGCACCAUCAGCACGCGCUCUUCCACGCGCGAACUCAGACCGGUACGCGCGCGUGUCGUGCCUGCCGCUACUGCCACCAGCGCUUUGCGUGGCGUGAGCGUGCCGCCAGCUGUGCACACCGCCGAGGAUGUUUCUCUCCGCACCCGCCAGUCUGUGGCGUUUGCCAACCGAGCACGCUGCAUCCUCUCCGUGUCGCAGUUCACGAAGCGACAGCUGCACGAGAUCUUCAACCUGGCACACGAAUGUCUCUCGUCUGGACCGAGCGAUGUCCUCAAGGGCAAGGUGCUGGCGAACAUCUUCUACGAGCCAAGCACGCGCACGUCAUGUUCGUUUGCUGCGGCCAUGCAGCGGCUUGGCGGCAGUGUCGUCUCCAUCUCAGAUGUAUCAACGUCUUCGGUGACAAAGGGCGAGACGUUGACCGACACCGUUCGCACGCUCGAGUGCUAUGCCGAUGCUGUUGUGCUUCGCCACCCACGCGAGGGCUGCAUGGAGGAAGCUGCUAGCGUGAUGCGCAAACCGCUCAUCAACGCCGGCGAUGGCACGGGCGAACACCCGACGCAGGCGCUGCUGGAUGUGUUUACCAUUCGCGAGGAGCUUGGCACCGUCAACGACCUCAACAUCACCCUGUUGGGUGAUCUGAAACACGGUCGCACGGUGCACUCGCUUGCCCGUCUCCUCAGCCACUACCGUGUCGCCAUCAGAUAUGUCGCCCCAGACUCCCUCCAGAUUCCGGACAAAGUGUACGAUGCUGUUGGGGCUGCAGGCAUUGAGCAGUCGAAGCACGCCCACCUCGACGACGUCAUUGCUGACACAGAUGUCCUGUAUGUCACGCGCGUGCAGAAGGAGCGCUUCGAAACAGAGGCCGCGUACGAGCAUGUGCGCGGGUCGUACCAGGUGACGGCAGCGCUCAUGACCAGGGCGAAGGAGCGCAUGAUUGUGAUGCACCCGCUGCCACGCGUGGACGAGAUCAGCCCAGAUGUCGACACAGACAAGCGCGCCGCGUACUUCCGGCAGAUGGAGUACGGCGUGCACGUGCGCAUGGCUCUCCUGCGUCUUCUUCUCGAGCAGCAGUGA